GCCCACCAUGAAAGCUUAGGAGGUAAGAAAUUCCUUUCUUGCAGCAGUUUUUACCUUCCAUUGACAAAACAGUAUAAAUUCAAUCCGCCAAGCAGAGUCUACAGAACUCCACUAUUUUGAUUCAGUUUUCUCCACAUCGAUACCCCGCCAUGGAUCGUAAUCAGCCGCUGCAACCGCCAUCUCCGCAGCCUCGUCCUCCAGAAUCCGGUGGGAGUUCCUCAUCCAUACUUAUAGUUUUCGCCUCCUUCCUGGCCAUCUUUUCCAUGGUGGUCUUUCCAUCUCAAUCAAACUUGUCAAGUAAUCUUUCUAUUUUACAUCAAGUACCGGAGGGUCAUGUGGGGGUAUAUUGGAGAGGAGGUGCCCUUCUGAAGACAAUAACUGAUCCAGGUUUCCAUCUGAAGUUGCCACUGAUAACCCAGUUUGUGCCUGUUCAAGUGACCCUCCAAACCGAUCAAGUAAAGGACAUUCCAUGUGGUACUAAGGGGGGUGUGAUGAUCAACUUCGAGAAGAUAGAGGUUGUCAAUCGCCUCCGCAAAGAAUAUGUGUAUGACACCCUGGUCAACUAUGGUGUGAAUUAUGAUAACAUAUGGAUAUAUGAUAAAAUUCAUCAUGAGAUCAAUCAGUUUUGUAGCUCCCACAGUCUUCAACAAGUUUAUAUUGAUGUCUUUGAUCAGAUCGAUGAAAAGAUGAAAGAUGCCCUCCAAGGUGACUGUACACGUUAUGCUCCUGGUAUUGAAAUAAUCAGUGUUCGUGUAACCAAACCUACCAUCCCAAAUUCUAUCAGAAAGAACUUUGAAGACAUGGAAGUGGAACGUACAAAGGUUCUAAUUGCCGUAGAGAGACAAAGGGUAGUAGAGAAAGAAGCAGAAACCAAUAAAAAAAUGGCAAUUAGCGAAGCCGAGAAGAAUGCUAAUGUUAGCAGGAUCCUCAUGGAACAGAAAUUGAUGGAGAAGGAGAGUUCCAGGAGACAACAAGAAAUUGAUAACCACAUCUAUCUUGCUCGUGAAAAGAGUCUCGCGGAUGCCAAUUAUUACCGGGUACUAAAAGAAGCUGAAGCCAACAAGUUGAAGCUUACACCCCAGUUUCUUGAGCUAAAAUUUAUCGAGGCCAUUGCUGAUAAUACAAAGAUUUUCUUCGGGGACAAGGUUCCAAACAUGAUUUUCGAUCAGAGGUUGCUCGGAAACUUCCUGCAUCAGGUGGCGGAAAAUGAAUCAAGAAAAGCCUCAGGGGAGGCAGAUUUAGAAAUGUAAUCCAAGAUUUAUCUUCUAAUGGUCAGAAAACAAUGGCGUCGGAUGGUGAUCUCCUUUUUCAUGUUAUACCAGAUAACGUUUCAAUGGGAAGCAAUUUUCGUGAUGCAUCAUUUGACAAACUCAAGUAAAUACCUCCGUUGAGAUUUUCUUUUCUUGUUUAGCACACAAGUCUGUUUCACAAAUUUUGAGUAUUUACCAAUAAAUGUGAUUUGAACUUGCAUUGAAUAAAUUAAUUUUAAUAAAUUUUGAGAGUAA